UUAAAAAUUAAAAUGAAUUUAUGUAUUCAUAUUCAUUCUUAUCAUUUGUGUCUGCGGUUUUGGCACACGAUUGGAGCACGUGUAUUUUGGCCACGCCUCCUCAUCAGCUGACUGUGCGCGUGACGCGCUGUACGGACUUCCUAGCGAACACAAACGAGCGGAGCAUCAGAGUAAGAGUAUGUGAAUUAAAGGGUGUUUUUAAGUGUCGGGGAGGGAUUUCGGGAGAGAUGCCGUCCAAUAAGAGUGUUUCAGAUGCCCCGAUCACACAGUUUGUGAACUGCAGGAUACUGAAGGAUCACAAGCUGCAGUGGGAAGACCUAUGGGUUCGUGAGGGCAAGAUUUUGAACCCGGAGAAGCUGUUCUUCGAUGAGGAGGGUUUUGCGGAUCACAAAGUUGACUGCGAGGAUAAAAUCAUUGCACCUGGAUUCAUAGAUGUACAGAUAAAUGGUGGCUAUGGCAUCGACUUCUCCCAGGCCAGCAGUGACAUCAGAGGAGGCGUGGCUCUGGUGGCCAAAAAGAUUCUAGAACACGGUGUCACUUCCUUCUGCCCGACUCUUGUCACGUCUCCAUCAGACAUAUACCAUAAGGUCAUCCCUGAGCUCAGAGUUCAGGAUGGAGGACCUGAAGGGGCAGGAGUUUUAGGUAUUCAUCUGGAGGGGCCGUUCAUCAGUGAAGAGAAGAGAGGCGCUCACCCUCCGAAGUUCCUCCGCACUUUUAAAGCAGGUGGCCUGGCCGACCUGAUGGAGAUUUAUGGGCACCUGGACAAUGUCGCCAUGGUAACCCUCGCACCAGAACUAGCCAACAGCGCGGCAGCAAUCCAUGAACUGUCAGGAAGAGGCAUUGCGGUGUCACUCGGUCACUCUAUGGCUGAUCUCUCUCAGGCUGAAGAGGCUGUGCAGCAUGGAGCCAAGUUCAUUACACAUUUAUUUAAUGCCAUGUUGCCUUUUCAUCAUCGAGACCCGGGCAUUGUGGGAUUGCUCACAAGUGAUCGUGUUCCACCAGGUCGGACGGUUUACUACGGUAUGAUCGCAGACGGGAUACACACACACCCUGCAGCACUGCGCAUCGCACACAGAGCUCAUCCCGCAGGGUUGGUGUUGGUCACUGACGCUGUGAUGGCGAUGGGUCUUCCUCCUGGUCGACACACACUCGGACAGCAGCAGAUAGACAUCCAGGGGCUUCACGCUUACCUCACAGGCACUACAACUUUGAGUGGCAGCAUUGCGACCAUGGACAUGUGUGUGAGACACUUCAGAGAGGCAUCAGGUUGUACAGUAGAAGCUGCAUUAGAAGCUGCAUCGCUGCAUCCUGCUCAGAUGCUGGGCAUCAGUCACAGGAAGGGAACGCUGGAGUACGGCACUGAUGCAGAUUUUGUAGUGCUUGAUGACACACUGACAGUCAGGGAAACCUACAUUGCUGGACAGCAGGUCUGGAGGAAGUGACAUCAUCUGGAGGACUCUUCUGGGAUCAUUAAAGAGUUUUUUUGGUUAGAAUUUCUUUCUCUGGACUUGGAUCAGCAAAAAGGUGUUAUUCUCAUUAAACUGAUUGAUCUAUUGAUUAAUUCCAUCCUGAAUAUAAAAAACUACUCCAAAUAUAUAUUCAAGCACUAUUAUGACACUCUUUAUGCUCAUCUACUGUAGCAGAAUGUAUCUUGGGGCAUUUAAAAAUGUGAAACCCAAAAGUAAUAAAAAUCUCAAGGGUCCAGUUAUUUCAGUAAUGACCUACAUAAUUCAAUGCCCUCAAUCUAAUGUAAAACUGGACAGUUUAACCAACUGAUUUCAAUAAUGUUUCUAUUCUAUUCUUUUUACCUGUUAACAUUUUUAAGCUUUUAUCCUUUUUUCAUUAUAAUAAAAAUGUUCCUUUAUUGAUAAAAAUGUAUUUUUGUGAGUCUGAAUGAGGAAGACGCACAUAUAAUGAAUGUAUUAAAGAUAUCCAGCUUACUUGAAUUGAUUAUCUGUUUAGUUCAGUGCAUCUUUAAAAUUCAACAUUCAAAAACCCAACAAUAAAACCUAGCAAAGCA